AUUAAUUAUCUUGCCUCAUCAAUAAUAUUUAAGUUUAUGUUGGUUCUUUAAUUAUUUUUCAGAUUCAUUAGUUUCAUUAUAUUUUCUUCUUUGAGAUGGAAUCUAUGAUCAAAAUGUGGUUUGUGAUGCCUAUUUUUUUCUUGUGUGCAUGCUAUUUGCAUUAUUGUGUCAAUGGCAAAUCCCAAGUGCCUUGUGUUUUUAUCUUUGGAGACUCUUUGUCUGAUAGUGGAAACAACAAUAAUCUUCCUACCUCUCAAAAAUCAAAUUACAAACCGUAUGGAAUUGAUUUUCCGAUCGGCCCUACUGGAAGAUUCACCAACGGUCGAACUUCAAUCGACAUAAUAACUCAACUUUUGGGAUUUGAGAAAUUCAUUCCACCGUUUGCAAACACAAACGGUUCAGACAUACUCAAAGGUGUGAACUAUGCAUCCGGGGGAGCUGGAAUUCGUAAUGAAACAAGCAAGGCUACGGGCUUUGUUAUCAGCUUGGGAUUACAAUUAACAAAUCAUAGAGUUAUGGUUUCUCAAAUUGCUGGCAAACUUGGAAGUCUUAAGAAAGCUCAACAAUACCUGAACAAAUGUUUGUAUUAUGUGAAUAUAGGAAGUAAUGACUACAUAAACAAUUACUUUCUUCCAUACCUCUAUCCAACGAGCCACAUUUAUAGUCCUCAACAGUAUGCAGAAGCUCUAAUUCAAGAUUUAUCUUUGAAUUUAUUGGCUCUACAUGGCAUUGGAGCUAGAAAAUUUGUGUUAGUUGGGAUGGGCCUUCUAGGAUGCACUCCAAAAGCCAUCUUCAGUCAUGGAACUAAUGGGACUUGUGUGGAGGAGGAGAAUGUCCAUGCAUUCAUUUUCAAUGCAAAGCUUAAAUCUCUAGUGACUCAUUUUUUGAAGUUCUUGGAUGAUUCCAAAUUUAUCUUCAUAAACAGUACAUUAGAAUCAGACGGCCACAAUUCUAAUGGUUUUGCUGUCUCAAAUGCUCCUUGUUGUCCAUCAAAGUAUAGCGGAGAGUGUAUUCCUGAAGAAAGACCAUGCUAUAAUAGGAGUGAAUAUGUGUUUUGGGAUGAAUUCCAUCCAACUGAGGCUAGGAACAUACUCACUGCAAUAAGAUCUUAUAAUUCACAUGAUUCAGGCUUUACUUAUCCUAUGGAUAUCAAACACCUUGUUGAACAUGAAACAUAAUGGAAUUAGAAUCCACAAAUGUGAUUCCAUCAAAUCUUAGUACUUCUACCUAGUUAAACAAGUUCAAGUUAUUUGUAUGAAUUCAUCAUUUUCUUACCUAUAUUUGAAACAAUCUUUUCAUAUCGAAUAACAUUAUUGUAAAAUAUAAUAAAAUCAAAUCAUUAAGUGUUGAUUACAAUGGUAUUCUCUACUUUCAUUUAA